AUGUCAUCCGACCCGGCGAUCAUUCCAAUUGGGCAAAUGCCGCAACAGACAGGCAUCCAUGCCCAGAAAGAUGAUUGGACCGGUAUUAUCAAUCGAACGGAACGAAGAAAACUGCAGAAUAGGCUAAAUCAGCGAGCAUUUCGAUUACGACGACAACUUAAACGACAGCAGCACCAGCAAAAUGCGGAACCCACAGACUUAGCGACAGAAGACUCCUUAUAUCUCGCCCCCAGCGAGUUCCAAAACGGGUUCCAGUGUACUUUAGCCCCGCCCGAAAUGCCGGAGCUUAUGCUUCAGCUUGAGACUGCGGCAUCCAACAGCUAUAGAGAGAGCUCGCCAAAUCUUGACCAUCUCCUCUCGCUACCCAAGAUCAAUGUCCAGCGUGCUAUUAUUGACAAUAUUCGGUCAACUGGCAUGACAAUUGAAUGGACAAAAGAAGACGAUGCAGUCUCCAUAUUCAACCUACAAAUCCCAGGCUUUUCAGAUAUCCAUAUUCCCCUCGACCUACAGCCAACUGAAGUCCAGAAGCGGGUUCCCCACCAUCCAUGGUUGGACUUUUUCCCUCCCCGACAUUGA